AUUGUAGUAGAAUAAAUACCCCCAAAAAGAAACAAAUGCUUUAUUUUUGGGUUCUAGUCCCAACUAAUUGGCUGGCAGUGAAAGCUGCAAUAAAAGACAGAGCGAAUCUCGGCAGUCUCUGUCGAAUCUUGGCUUUGCAACGGAAGAAUCCUGGAAUAUUGGGUACUUCUUUAAGAAUUCUAAUUCGGGCAGAAUUAGGGAAUCCUGGUACUUUAAUUGGCAAUGAUCAAAUUUAUAAUGUUAUUGUUACCGCUCAUGCUUUUGUAAUAAUUUUUUUUAUAGUUAUACCAAUUAUAAUUGGGGGAUUUGGUAAUUGGUUAGUCCCCUUAAUAUUAGGGGCCCCUGAUAUGGCCUUCCCUCGAAUAAACAAUAUAAGAUUCUGACUUCUACCCCCCUCUCUUUUAUUCUUAAUUAUAAGAUCCAUUGUUGAGAGAGGAGUCGGAACAGGAUGAACAGUUUACCCCCCUCUAUCAUCUAAUAUUGCACAUAGUGGAUCUUCUGUAGAUUUAGCUAUUUUUAGUUUACAUUUAGCAGGAGUUUCCUCUAUUUUAGGAGCUAUUAAUUUUAUUACUACUGUUAUAAAUAUACAUCCUGUAAGAAUAAAAUUAGAUCAAAUACCCCUUUUCUCUUGAGCAGUUAUAAUUACUGCUAUUCUCCUUCUUUUAUCAUUACCUGUCUUAGCUGGGGCUAUUACUAUACUUUUAACUGACCGUAAUCUUAAUACUUCUUUUUUUGACCCUUCAAGAGGAGGAGACCCUAUUCUAUAUCAACAUUUAUUUUGAUUUUUUGGUCACCCCGAAGUAUAUAUUCUUAUUCUACCUGGAUUUGGAAUAAUUUCCCAUAUUAUUAGUCAAGAAAGAAGAAAAAAAGAAGCUUUUGGAACAUUAGGAAUAAUUUAUGCUAUAAUAGCAAUUGGACUUUUAGGUUUCAUUGUUUGAGCUCAUCACAUAUUUACUAUUGGAAUAGACGUAGAUACACGAGCUUAUUUUACUUCUGCAACAAUAAUUAUUGCUGUGCCUACUGGAAUUAAAGUUUUCAGAUGACUAGCCACUUUCCAUGGCACUCAAAUUUUAAAUAACCCAGCUACUUUAUGAUCCUUAGGAUUUGUAUUUCUUUUCACUGUUGGUGGACUAACAGGUGUAAUUUUAGCCAAUUCCUCAAUUGAUAUCAUCCUUCAUGAUACUUAUUAUGUUGUUGCCCAUUUUCACUAUGUGUUGUCUAUGGGGGCUGUAUUUGCAAUUUUAGCAGGACUAGUACAUUGAUUCCCGUUAUUCACAGGACUAACUUUAAAUAAUAAAUAUUUAAAAAUUCAGUUUUUUACUAUAUUUAUUGGUGUAAAUUUAACAUUUUUUCCGCAACACUUCUUAGGCCUAAGAGGUAUACCUCGUCGUUAUUCGGAUUACCCCGAUAGAUUUACUCUAUGAAAUAUUAUUUCAUCUAUUGGAUCUUUAAUUUCCUUAGUAAGAGUAAUUUUCUUUUUAUUUAUCCUAUGAGAAUCAUUCACCCUUCAACGAAAAAAUUUAGGGGCUUUUAACUUAAAUUCAUCUAUUGAAUGGCUUCAAAAUUUCCCCCCUGCUGAACAUGGUUACUCAGAAUUACCUUAUUUAACUUCUAAGUUCUAAUAUGGCAGAUUAGUGCACUGGAUUUAAACCCCAUUUAUAAAGUUUAAACUUUUUUUAGAAAUGAUGACUUGAAAAACUAUAAUACUUCAAGAUAGGGCUUCACCUUUAAUAGAGCAAUUGACUUAUUUUCAUGACCAUACAUUAAUAAUUUUAAUUAUUAUUACAGUAUUAGUAGGUCAAUUGAUACUUAGAUUAUUUUUAAAUAAAUUCUCCCAUCGAUAUUUACUUGAAGGACAGACUAUUGAAAUUAUUUGAACUAUUUUACCCACAAUUACUUUAAUUUUUAUUGCUAUUCCUUCGUUACGUUUAAUUUAUAUUUUAGAUGAAAUUAAUAAUCCUAGGAUUACUAUUAAAACAAUUGGACACCAAUGAUAUUGAUCUUAUGAAUACUCUGAUUUUAAAAAUAUUGAAUUUGACUCUUAUAUAUUACCUACUAGAGAGUUAAAUAAAUUCAAUUUUCGUCUUUUAGAUGUUGAUAAUCGGGUGGUAGUACCCUUUAACUCCCAAGUCCGUAUGCUAGUAACUGCAGCUGAUGUUAUUCAUUCCUGAACAAUUCCCUCAUUAGGUGUAAAAAUUGAUGCAACACCUGGGCGUCUAAAUCAAAUUAGAUUUUUACUUAAUCGUUCUGGGUUAUUUUUUGGUCAAUGUUCUGAAAUUUGUGGUGCUAAUCACAGAUUUAUACCUAUUGUUAUAGAAAGAAUCUCUCCAUCUUAUUUUUUAAAAUGAGUUUUUAAAAUAACUAAAGAAU